CUUUUUAUUUUUGAAUAAUUUUUAAUUUACAAAAAAAUUCCAAAUGUAUUAUACUGUUCAGUUUUUCUGUUGUUAAGAUCUUGCAUUACUGUGAUGCAUUUUUCAAAACCAAGAAACCAACACUAGUGCAUUAUCAUUAACUAAACCUCAGACUUUAUUUGAAUUUUACGAAUUUUUCCAUUAAUGUCAUCCUCCUGUUUCAGGAUCCAGUUUAUGAUAUCACAGUACAUUUAGUUGUCAUGUCUUCUUAGUCUCCUCUGGUCUGUGAUGGGGUGGUAUUAAUUUUAAUAAUAUAUUUUAUUUAACUCAAUAUAGCAAAAAUAUUUUAACCUGUAAUUGAUAUUUUUUAAAUUAUCAAUGUUUAUUACUUUUUCUUAUUCAGUCUUCAAAAUCCAGAGUGUAUUUUAUACUUAACAGUGCAUCACAUUUCAUACUCAGACACUUUCAUUGGAAAUACUUCAUCUGCAUUUGGAUCUCACAAAAUUUACAGUUGAAAAAGUAGGUUCAUAUACUUAGGUUGUUCCAAGUAUGCUUAAAAGUCUUCCAAUAAAUUCAUGACUAAUGCAAGUUUAGAAAAAAGAAAGCAAAAAAAAAUUACUUUAAAAAGUUUAAAAAUAAUCCCAUGAGAUAUCAGUUUUCAAAUUUAAAUCUAAAUUUAAUUAAUCAAUUAAGGUUAAUUGAUUUAAAAAUUCAGUUCCCAGUUGCACUAGACAUAUUCAAGUGCUCAAUAGUCACAGACCAUCAUAAGGACUUUUGAUUUUAUUCCGAGCUAGAAAGGGAGCACUGAAGAGUUUUGAGCAAAGUAGUGACAUAAUCUGAUUUAAGAUGACUUUGCUAUGUCAGAGAAUAAAUUGAGGUGAGGCAAGGGCAGAAGCAGGGAGACCAGCCAGGAGGCUACUGCAGGUAACAUCAGGUAAGUGAUGAAGGUGCCUUGGACUAAAGUGGUGGCAGUGGAGGUGGGGAGAACUGGUAGGAGUCCAGGAAUCUCUUGUGCUAGCCCUGACUCAAUCUGUUUAUGAAUUGGAUAAGGGAUCAGGGAUGACACAAAGGUUUUGGGGCUAAAAAAUUUAGGACAAUGAAUUUGUCUUUUAUAGAUUUUGUAAAAGAAACAGGUUUGGGUAGGAAGAUCAGGGGCUUGGUUUUGGACAUUUUGAGUUCAAGAUGCAUAUGACACAUGUAAGUGAAGAUGUUAAUAAGUAGGCAGUGGAUAUCUGAGUAUGGAGUUGAGGAGAGCUCAGCUAGUGAUACACAUUUGGGAGCCAUCAACAUAUAGAUAGUAUUUAAAGACAGAAGACUGAAGGAGACUACCAAACGAAAGUACAGAAAGAAGUAUUAGGGUUAGGUCAUCCAGCAACAGUAUUUUCAGGAAAAUGCAAGCUUUGAGAUCAGGCCGCAAACAGAUCAACAAGAACUGGAGGAAUAAUAAACUCUUUCCAGGCAAAAGCAGCAUUAGAUGCAAUGGUGCAAAGGUAAGUGGUUAGCCAACCAUGGUAUAGCAAGUCAUUUUGCUCUGCUGAAGCAGAAAUACUAGCUAGCUGACACAGAAAGAUGCAUUAAGUGAUUGCGAAGGGCUCUCAUGCUAGCUGGGUGGCUAUCCAGAGUUGGGAAUGUGAGGGUUCUAAGGACAGCUUUGGAGUUAACAAGUGACAGCUGCAGUUAGUUUCCUAUACAUACACAAAACCAACCCGUCCUACCACAGAAUAUAUGUCAUAAUGCUGGCACAACAGACACAUCCCUUUUAGUUUUGCAGACGAGGAGUAACCGUUGCCCCGGACCACAAAGCCACUUAGCGGCAGAGCCUCGCACCCGCGAAGAUUACUACGGAGAUGUUUUUACCCCUGAGGACACCUGAGCCCUUAAGUGGGGCAGGCUUGGAGGGAGGGGGGCCGAUAAGGCGACUUCAGGCAGGGCAAUCAUGACGGGCGCUUGAGUUCUGCGCAGAAUUUUGACAAGGGGGAGGAGGGUCUUGGCUUGAAGACAGAGCAAGGAGUCAUUUAAGGAUAAUGGAAGGGCAUAAGCGGAAGCUCAAGGAUAAAAAGCACUGAAAUUCUUGAGCUGGCGGCAGGGCUGAACGUAGCUCAGUGAAAGAUCCUUUCUUGCCACCUCCUCUCUAAGCCAGGCUGUGAGGACCGCGGGAAACGAAGGAGAACGGUGGCGGUGGGGUCAGCAAAGGGCAGGCCCAAGGUGCAUCUUUUAGGUCCUGAUGCUGGGAGCAGCCGUCCCCGCCCCUAUAUUCCUCUCACCGGGUAGGUUUGCCCGGCAGUGGCUACCUCCCAGGCAAAAAUUCGCCCUGGUUAAACUGGAAAAAGCAGGAAAGCCCGCCCACUGGCGUCCGGGGAACGCCUGCAAAGCGCCAGCACCCUACCACCCCAGGCGCCGCACGGGUGGGGUGCGGGCCGCGGGCUCUUCCGGGGCGGGCCUCGCCUGACGCAGGAGGAGGGGCGGUCCCGUCGCACACGAACCAAUCACGACUGACGCUCUACGUGGCUAGCAUUGACCAAUAGGAGACCACAGUGAUAGCGACGGGGAAAUUCAAACGUGUUUGCGGAAAGGAGUUUGGGUUCCAUCUUUUCAUUUCCCCAGCGUCGCUUUCUGUAGAAAUGGAGUCCGAGGAUUUAAGUGGCAGAGAAUUGACAAUUGAUUCCAUAAUGAACAAAGUGAGAGACAUUAAAAAUAAGUUUAAAAAUGAAGACCUUACUGAUGAACUAAGCUUGAAUAAAAUUUCUGCUGAUACUACAGAUAACUCGGGAACUGUUAACCAAAUUAUGAUGAUGGCAAACAGCCCAGAGGACUGGUUGAGUUUGUUGCUCAAACUAGAGAGAAACAGUGUUCCGCUAAGUGAUGCUCUUUUAAAUAAGUUGAUUGGUCGUUACAGUCAAGCAAUUGAAGCCCUUCCCCCAGAUAAAUAUGGCCAAAAUGAGAGUUUUGCUAGAAUUCAAGUGAGAUUUGCUGAAUUAAAAGCUAUUCAAGACCCAGAUGAUGCACGUGACUACUUUCAAAUGACCAGAGCAAACUGCAAGAAAUUUGCUUUUGUUCAUAUAUCUUUUGCGCAAUUUGAACUUUCACAAGGUAAUGUCAAAAAAAGUAAACAACUUCUUCAAAAAGCUGUAGAACGUGGAGCAGUACCACUAGAAAUGCUGGAAAUUGCCCUACGGAAUUUGAACCUUCAAAAAAAGCAGCUGCUUUCAGAGGAGGAAAAGAAGAAUUUAUCAGCAUCUACGGUAUUAACUGCCCAAGAAUCAUUUUCCAGUUCACUUGGGCAUUUACAGAAUAGGAACAACAGUUGCGAUUCCAGAGGACAGACUACUAAAGCCAGGUUUUUAUAUGGAGAGAACAUGCCACCACAAGAUGCAGAAAUAGGUUAUCGGAAUUCAUUGAAACAAACUAACAAAACUAAGCAGUCAUGCCCGUUUGGAAGAGUCCCAGUUAACCGUCUAGAUAGCCCAGAUUGUGAUGUGAAGACAGAUGAUUCAGUUGUACCUUGUUUUAUAAAAAGACAAACCUCUAGAUCAGAAUGCCGAGAUUUGGUUGUGCCCGGAUCUAAACCAAGUGGAAAUGAUUCCUGUGAAUUGAGAAAUUUAAAGUCUGUUCAAAAUAGUCAUUUCAAGGAACCUCCGGUGUCAGAUGAAAAGAGUUCUGAUUCAGUAACCCUGAAGAAUAAAACUGAAUCAAGUCUUCUAGCUAAAUUAGAAGAAACUAAAGAGUAUCAAGAACCAGAGGUUCCAGAGAGUAACCAGAAGCAGUGGCAAUCUAAGAGAAAGUCAGAGUGUAUUAACCAGAAUCCUGCUGCAUCUUCAAAUCAGUGGCAGAUUCCAGAAUUAGCCCGUAAGGUUAAUACAGAGGUUUUAGCAUCCUCUUCAGCAAAUGAAUGCAUUUCGGUUAAAGGAAGAAUUUAUUCCAUAUUAAAGCAGAUAGGAAGUGGAGGUUCAAGCAAGGUAUUUCAGGUGUUGAAUGAAAAGAAACAGAUAUAUGCUAUAAAAUAUGUGAACUUAGAAGAAGCAGAUAACCAAACUCUUGAUAGUUACCGGAACGAAAUAGCUUAUUUGAAUAAACUACAACAACACAGUGAUAAGAUCAUCCGACUUUAUGAUUAUGAAAUCACGGACCAGUAUAUCUACAUGGUAAUGGAGUGUGGAAAUAUUGAUCUUAAUAGUUGGCUUAAAAAGAAAAAAUCCAUUGAUCCAUGGGAACGCAAGAGUUACUGGAAAAAUAUGUUAGAGGCAGUUCACACAAUCCAUCAACAUGGCAUUGUUCACAGUGAUCUUAAACCAGCUAACUUUCUGAUAGUUGAUGGAAUGCUAAAGCUGAUUGAUUUUGGGAUCGCAAACCAAAUGCAACCAGAUACAACAAGUAUUGUUAAAGAUUCUCAGGUUGGCACAGUUAAUUAUAUGCCACCAGAAGCAAUCAAAGAUAUGUCUUCCUCCAGAGAGAAUGGGAAAUCUAAGUCAAAGAUAAGCCCCAAAAGUGAUGUUUGGUCCUUAGGAUGUAUUUUGUACUAUAUGACUUAUGGGAAAACACCAUUUCAGCAGAUAAUUAAUCAGAUUUCUAAAUUGCAUGCCAUAAUUGAUCCUAAUCAUGAAAUUGAAUUUCCCGAUAUUCCAGAGAAAGAUCUUCAAGAUGUGUUAAAGUGUUGUUUAAAAAGGGACCCAAAACAGAGGAUAUCCAUUCCUGAGCUCCUGGCUCAUCCAUAUGUUCAAAUUCAAACUCAUCCAGGUAACCAAAUGGCCAAGGGAACCACUGAAGAAAUGAAAUAUGUUCUGGGCCAACUUGUUGGUCUGAAUUCUCCUAAUUCCAUUUUGAAAGCUGCUAAAACUUUAUAUGAACACUAUAGUGGUGGUGAAAGUCAUAAUUCUUCAUCAUCCAAGACUUUUGAAAAAAAAAGGGGAAAAAAAUGAUUUGCAGUUACUCGUAAAUUGUCAAAUACCACCUAUAAAAUAUACUUGACUGUUAUACUCUUGAAUCCCUGUGGAAAUCUACAUUUGAAGACAACAUCUCUCUCAAGUGUUACCAGCAAAAAAAAUUCAGUAGAUUAUCUUUAAAAGAAAACUGUAAAAAUAGCAACCACUUAAUGGCACUGUAUAUAUUGUAGACUUGUUUUCUCUGUUUUAUGCUCUUGUGUAAUCUACUUGACAUCAUUUCACUCUUGGAAUAGUGGGUGGAUAGCAAGUAUAUUCUAAAAAACUUUGUCAAUAAAGUUUUGUGGCAUAAAAAUGACACUAACAUUUCAAA